AAGUAAUCGUGCGACACACGUCUUGCGUGUUACAUUUUUCGAAUUAUCAAUUAAUCGCCAUUUUGUAAUCGUGGAAAGUAGUUUAAUUGUCCCACUUAUAUUUAAAAUAUAGUAUAGUUUGUUUAAAAUAUAGUGGCUCCUUCAAAAUCAAGAAAAAUCUACACGAUGACGGCCCACGAUCAAAUGAGGGCUAUGCUAGAUCAGCUAAUGGGUACAGGAAGAAAUGGAGAAAACAACAAAUUCCACGUAAAGUUCAACGACACCAGAGUGUGCAAGUCUUUUUUACUCAGCUGCUGUCCCCACGAGAUAUUAUCGUCAACACGAAUGGAUUUGGGUGAGUGUCCAAAAAUUCACGAUUUGGCGCUAAGGGCGGAUUUCGAAAAGGCGCAGCAGAGCAGAGAUUACUUCUAUGACUUGGAUGCAAUGGAACAUUUGCAAGCCUUCAUCGGUGACUGUGAUAGAAGAACGGAGGCGGCUAAACAACGUUUAGCCGAAACCCAAGAAGAACUGUCCGCCGAAGUGGCCGUAAAAGCAAACAGCGUGCACGAAUUGGCCGAACAGAUCGGUCAGAAAUUGGCUAAAGCCGAACAGUUGGGUGAAGAGGGUUUCGUAGAAGAGAGCAUGAAGCUCAUGGAAGAAGUCGACGAAUUGAGAAAGAAAAAAUUGGACGCCGAACAGGAAUAUCGAAAUUCGAUGCCUGCCAGCAGUUAUCAACAACAGAAAUUGAGAGUGUGCGAAGUUUGUUCAGCUUAUUUGGGUAUACACGAUAACGAUAGAAGAUUGGCAGAUCAUUUCGGCGGAAAACUCCAUCUCGGUUUCAUCAAAAUUAGAGAAAAGCUGAUGGAAUUGGAGAAAAACGCCGAUAAAAGGAAAGAAGAAAAGAAGAAAGCCGGUAGAGACCGAGAUCGCGAUGAAAGGGAAGACAGAUACGAGAGACGAUACAGAGAACAUUAUGUUGGAGGUAGAGAAUUGGACAGGAGAUCCAAGAGACAUAGAUCAAGAUCGAAAGAUAGAAAGGACAGAAAAGACGAUAGAGAUCGUAAAGAUAAAGAUGAAAGCAGGGGUAGUCGAUAUAGAUCUAGGUCAAGAAGUAGGGACCGUGAUCGUAGAUCUCAUUCCCGUCAUUCCAGUUCGGGUGAUAAAAAAAGGGAUAGGGAUUAAGGGCGUUAAUGUAGUUUUGAUUCAUAAUAAGUUUUUGAUUGAGAAAAAUAAAAAAUAUUUUAGGUAUUAAUUACGUGAAUUAAGUUUAUAAAUCAUUUUUCCCUUUAUGUCGAACAUCACUAGAAUCUUUGAUUUUACAAAUUGUGUAUUGGAAUAAAUUCAAUGGUAGGACAUUUUUCGAUUAAAACUUUCACGCAAUUUUCGUUUAUAUCAAUUCUGGUGAAUCAAAUAAAAUUAUUUACAAGUUAAAA